GAUGGCCCGUUAGUCUUGUCACAUCUCGUGAAUGUGCAGCAUCCGUGCGUGCGUACCGGGCGAGUGUUCGAGAUUUUCGGUUGCGCGACCCCUGUGCGGCAGAUCGCGGUGAAGAAAAUACGGAAAACUACGGAAUUUAGGUGGAUGUUGGGAGGAUUUAAACUUGGGGCCGUUUGCAAAUUACGUAAUUCGAGUGUUUUUAGAGGUUAGGUUGUAUCAAAGUGUGUCGGUAACUAACAAUUUACGGGGUUGAAGAGGAUUUCGGAAGAGGCCAGAAGAAUCUCAACGAAGAUAGUCAGCAAACUGCAAUAACACGACGAUCAAUGUUGCGUAAUUUUAAUGCUUAUUUCGAUUCGUUCCGAGAGUGUGUUGUGAUCUAGUGUGUGACCUGGAGUUCCGGAGGAGGUUGGGUGUGGUGUCAAGCCGGAAGAGAAUGGCAAGAAAUAUUACCUAGUCGGUUGGUUCUGACACACGAGUCUUUGUCAUUGGGAAAAGUUUCGCGUCUCUGUGAGCGAGACUGUGUGUUCUCUGGAAAAGAAAAAUAUACCCCAAAAGAAAGCAUACUAAUGUAAUUAUGGCCAAGUGCGACGACGAGAAGGGCGUCCCAGCUGCUGCCGUGCUCCCCCCCUCUGCCUAGAGUUUCGAACCCACCGAAGAUGAACAAGCAGAAGAAGCAUUAACGACCAGCAGCAGUUCCAACGGCAGUUCCGAUGCCCAUUUGCGAUAGUCUCCAGUCGCUGAAGAGGAUUGAGCGUAGUGUUCUGGCGUAAAAGUGGCCCAGUGUGUUGUUUAUAGUUGUUGUUGCUUUUGCUGCUGCUGUUGCUACAGUUUCCGAAAGAAGUGUCAUACGGUACACAUACACGGUGGAGCACGUGUGUGUUUGUGUGCGAGAACGCGUCGCGUCGAUUGCAAUCUAGAUUAACUUGGCCCGACCUGACUUUGGUCUGCCAGCGAGUUUCGAACUUUACACCUGCUGAUCUGAUGAACCUUCCCUUCCCCAUCACAGCACCUUUUUAACAAGAGGCCAAUCUCAGGAGGUAGCAGAAAAAGUGUGGAAAUCGAGUACAUUUCCUUCCACGAAAGUUGUAUUUUCCUGGAAAACAGAGCAGAAGUGAGUAAGUAAAAAAAAAUAAGACCAGAUAAACGAUACUCGAAAGUAUCCGCAAAAUACGAGCAGGGUUGUGAAGUGAAAAAAAAGUUAAAUAAAAAAAAAGGAAAGAAAAGGGUGCAAGUUUUUUUUUCAGUUGUAAGUUUAAAGGUGAGAAUAGGGAGGGAAAGAUAGUGAAGUAAAAAGUAGUGAAAAUUUACAAGAAUAAAAAACAUCUGGUGAAAAAGAGGAAAAAAGGUCACGAAGCAAAAAGCCACCUGCUGACAUCGUGCGCGUCGUCGUUUGUUGAUUAAAUUUAAGCUCCAGAAAAAAAUGUUCAUCAGUUGAACGCCGUCAGAUAAAGGCAGUUGCAGCAACAAAAAAGAAUCCCAGAAAAUCAUAAGAUGACUUCAACUUCCUCCUCGACACCGUCGCCGUCUUCAGCGUGCUCCUCUACUGGAAGCAUUUUCCGUGGCACGAUUUUCCUCACAGCAGCGACUAGAAGAAGAGCCAGCAGCAGCAGGACUUACGCUCGAGAGGAACAGCAGCCAGAGGAGCAGCACCCACCACAACAACGGCACAGCCACCCACAACGGUCCAGGAGGAGGACGGGGGUCAACACGGAGGCCAUUAUGUCCAAGAGGAGGAAAAUUGUUUACGGCUGGUUUAAUUUCAUCUUUCUGUGCGGGAUUAUGCUUGCCGCCCAGUUCACUAGUGUACAUAGUCUAAAGGAUUUGAAAAUCUUUGUCCCGGACGCCGUCAUCAUGGGCAACGCGGCCACCCUGUCGUGUCAGUUUGAGCUUGAAAAGGCAUCCCUCUACUCCGUUCGGUGGUACUUCGAGAGCGAAGAGUUCUACCGUUACGUCCCCAAGGAGUCACCGCCGGCGCGGACCUUUCCGGUAUCUGGCAUCACUGUCGAUAGCUCCCAAUCGGACGCGACCUCGGUGACGCUGCGCGGCGUGACCCGCGACCUGACCGGCCAGUUCCAGUGCGAGGUGUCGGAGGACGCGCCACUUUUCCACACCGAUAUCCGGCAGGCCCGCAUGCAGGUGGUCGAGCUGCCCAAGCAGGACCCCCAGAUGCAGCUGGAGAAGACGCACAUCACGACGCUGGACAACUUCCGGGCCGUCUGCACCGUCGGGACGUCCUUCCCGCCGGCCAACAUCACCUGGUUCAUCAACUCGAAGAAGAUUCACCGUUCGCCGUACCAGCGCAUCACGUACCGGUCGUUCGAGGGCACGCCGACGUUCUCCUCGCUGGACAUGUACCCCCACAGCCAGGUGCUGCAGGACAUCUACCAAACGAUGCCCCCGUUCCAGACAAGCCUAACGGUGAUGUGCGAGAUAUCGAUUCUGCACAUCUACACCAAGAGCGCCCAGCAGCUGAUCAUCGUGAGCGACCUCGUGACCACGAUCAGUCCGAACCUGCUUGGCCUGGACGGGUCGAACAACCGUCGGAAGGGCCCGAAUGGCGAUCCGGACAAUUCGGCCCUCACGGACAAUGGUUCGGCACGAGCCAGCACCAUCUGGUGGACGAUAGUGGUGGCCACCGUUGUUCUGAGCUUGGGAGUGCUCGACCCCAGAGUGCACCACUGGUGACCUGCUAGCCCUGCGCAAAGACGUGGUUUGUAAAUAAAACUCAAUACAAAACUGUGCACGUACUUAUACUAUUAUACUUAAUAUAUGCAACACACUCACACUCACUCACACACUAUCACUACACUGUCAUUCGAAGAUGCGCAGAAUACACUCAACCAAACGACAGUCAAACUUAGCGAUGACUCAAACCAGACACAACAACUGCAAAGAAACCAACAAAAAUACUAUAUUUAUACAGAAUGAAAACCAUUUAGAACAUAACAAAAAAAAACGCUGUUAUAAUGUACUUGUAAAAUAUAUGUAUUUGAGCUUUUUACUAACCGUAAACACUCUACAUAGGCGUAUUCUCCGAUUGCUUCACCUUGAGACAUGAAAGUGGUCAAAACUGAAUCAGUUGGAGGAACUGUUUGGAUUUGAGAGUCUUCCCAAACACUUCUUCUUCACAACUUCACAGCAAACAAGUAAUAAACAAAAAUACCGUGAUAGAACGCUCUGUCACGAACCCUCAAUCAAAAUAACAGCUGCAAAUCAACAAUAAAAAAAUGUUGAGUAGAGUAAAAAUCAAUUAACGAAACAGAUAAAAUGUGCCAGAGUCGAGUGGCCAAAAAGAACGGUUUGUGCACAAUCGGAAAAUAGUUAGUAGUGAAAUAGUCACUACCGGAAAAAAGUCAAAACAACAGAAAAGGUGAGAAACGCAACAUGAAAACAGAUAAAAAUUGCAUAUAACAAAAUAACAAAAGCUAUAUAUGAUGUUAGUUUGAUAAAUAAAGAAAAACAACUAGGUUGAUACUGGAUAAUAAAAUAAUAUUAGCGAAUAAAUGAACAGCCAGCAAAUAAAAAAAUCGCAUCUUUUUAUAAAUGUAUUAUAAUGCAAACUGACUGGAAAAACAAAAACAAAUCCAUGAAAAAUAUUUCCACACAAGGGAUGCUGCUCACAGGGCGUUGUAACGGAAAGUAAAACAGCACAACGCAAAUUUGUGUUAGAUGACACCGCGAAACAUUCAGCUGGAAGUAUCGAAAAUAGAAUAAUUAAACGUACUGAGAAUUUGUGACGUAAAUGGGCACGCACCGUGCUGAAAUGCUUGUUACAGUGAAGGACGGUGUAAGUGUAAGUCGUUAUCUGAUUUUAGAAGAGGAGAAAUUUACGUUGCCUUGUAGAUAUUUUUGGAAAGAAAUUCUUUGCAUUAGCUGUUUAUUUUUAAAUGGUUUGUAUUAAUUUAAACUAUGCCUUUCGUUAAAGUGUACUAAUCUCAACCUGUAUGGAACUUUUGAAGCAAAAAAAAAAACGAAAGAUAAUAAAAGAAAUUGCAAGUAGUAGUGAAAUUAAGAUAGCAGAAAAAACAUGUUAAGUUAUUCUUUUAUACAUGCAGAAAAGCGCUGAAUCUAUUAACCAUAAAUCGAUAUAAAUUACAAGAAACAUGGUAAAAUAAUUGAGCAAAAGUUAAAAAAAAAAACAUGUAUAACAGAAAGAAGCAGAAGACGAAAGAAAGUGUUUGAAGAAAAACAAAACAAACCUAAAGUUUUCAACAA